AACAAAGAGAGCUAGCUAGCCACCACUAGAAAUUAAGGUUGUGUUUUAUCUUUUUCAUACUAGUACAGACUACGGUAGUGUGAAAGAGACACCCGGUACACUUUCGGCCAUCAUAACCAUCUUUCUUUCUUGUGCAACUGUUUCUCUUCGUCCGUGUACUAGUGCAAACGCAGGAUGGACGCCAUUCGCGCGAGAUAAUUUUUUCAUCGCUCGUGAAGCGAGAUUUGAACGCGUUCGGUGCCGGGCGUGGAGCUAUGCUAUAGUGUAUCAAGUGUACGGUGCUUUCGGUCUGGCGGUGCGGUGUGGAAGUGGUCGGUUCUGGUCGGAGCUGAGGCUCGGCUGGAGGCAAGGCAGCGAGGCGAGGCGCGUGCAGCGCAAGGCAUGGCGGGCGCGAGCUGAGCGCCGGUCGCGGCCUCCGGUGGCAGGCCGCUCGCGCUCCGCCGCCGGCCCGAUGAGCGGGGCACGUUCUGCGCGGCGGAGGUUAUUUUAUGGGUAUUUGCGUGAGCUGCCGGCGCCGAGAGCGGAAGGCACCAGAGAAGAGGUCGGUGCCGGGAGCGGGCGGGCCCGCUAAGGGCACUGCGGCAGCAGAGCUGCUGCCGCGCCGCGUUGACCAACUGACAGCCAUGGCCAACUCCAUGUCCAACAUCAAGAUGACAAACCCUCUCAAGGGCAUCGUUAGCAAGCGCCGGAAGCGCUACAUCAAGGACGGAUUCAACCUGGACUUAGCCUAUAUCACAGACAGGCUUAUAGCGAUGGGCUUUCCCGCCGAGAAGUUAGAAGGAGUAUACAGGAAUCACAUAGACGAAGUGUACAGGUUUCUAGAGAAGAUGCACAAGGACCACUAUAAGAUAUACAACCUCUGCUCGGAGAGGUCUUAUGAUUCGAGCAAAUUCCACGAGAGGGUGGCGCGGUACGCGUUAGAAGACCACACGCCGCCGAAUAUUGAGUUGAUACAGCCAUUUUGUGAAGAUGUCCACAACUGGCUGUCUGCUGACUCCAAAAAUGUCGCCGCCGUGCACUGUAAAGCGGGCAAGGGACGGACGGGGACAAUGGUGUGUUGCUACCUACUGUACAGCCGACAGAAAGCGUCUGCGGACGAAGCCCUUAAGUUCUACGGCACGAAGAGAACCCACGACGAAAAAGGCGUGACGAUUCCGUCGCAGCGCCGCUACGUGGAGUACUACGCGGCGCUGGUGACGUCGGGGCUGCAGUACUCGGCCACGCGCGUGCACAUCCGCGAGCUGGUCAUGUCGCCGCCGCCCACGCUCAACGGCGGCACCUGCUCGCCCGAGCUCACCGUCUCACAGGCACAGCCUUCCUUCAAGACGCCGUCAGGCUGCCACGAGGUCCGCAAGGACGAGGGCAGUAUCCGCGUGUACCUGACUCACUGCACGCCGCUGUACGGGGACGUGCGCGUCGACGUCUACAACAAGCCCAAGAUGAAGAUGCGCAAGGAGAAACUCUUCCAUUUCUGGUUUAACACCUUCUUCGUGGCUGCCGGCGUCGGCGCCGAACGAGUGCCCGCGUUAGAUGACAGUCCAAACUUGGAGGCUUUCAAGCUGACGUUAAAUAAGUGGCAGUUGGACGAGGCGCACAAGGACAAGCAACAUAAACACUAUAGUCCAGACUUCAAGGUGGAGCUAAUAGUACAGAAGAUGCCGAUGUCGUCGACGUUCAGCGGGCACCCGGCGCGCGAGUCCCCGGCGGUGUCGUCGUCGUCGUCGUGUUGCAGCGAGCCGGACGACGCCGAGCCCGACGCGCACUGGGACUCCGGGCGGGGUUGCCGCCGCGUGGGCCACUACCGGCCGCUGUCGCCGCGCCACGCCCACACGUGAAUCGACAUACUUGUGAGGUUGGCUCGGGCCCUCGGUGACCUCUCCACACUUCUAUAAAUAAACCCCGCUUUACUCCCACCCUACUGGCAAAGGCUUGAACUUGUAACACGGUGCCGAAACACUUAUAACCUUCAAUCCUAGUGAUGUUUACUGAACAAGUAGUGCUCUAUGUGUGUCUAAAAUGUGUAGAUAUUUAACAAAAAUGAGCGGGUUGUGCCAUUGCCGCGUACCGACGGACUAAACGUACGGUUUGGAUAAAAAAAAACAAGUUUUUGUGAUAAUAAUAGUGUGCUGAAUGGACAACUGCGUCGACGUAUCGACGUAUGGGAGAUAUCGUUUCAUUUCACCCGUUCACAAGCCGUCGAAGGUAUCGACUUUAAAUUCUAUGGUCACAAGGUAUGUUUCUUGUUAUAACUCUUAUGACUGAUAAGUACAUUUCUCGGUAUUUUUUUUUAAUUGUAAGCUUUGGCCAUUGUCAUAGAUGUGUUUCAGUGAAUAAACAAUUUGUACUUUUUAAUGUCAUAGACUAUACAAAGAGUUAAUAGCGUAUUCUGCCGAAUUUUUAACAGACUGAAAUUAUUACCGGUGAAUCAGAUGGUUAGAUGUUCUUAGAUCACUUCUGUUUAGGAAUGGGUUCUAUUGAUGAUGGUAAAGCAAUGUGACUCGCUUGAAUAGAUGAGAAAUAAUAUUGUCUGUUGAAUUUAUGUAUUUAGAAUUCAUUAUCAAUGUAAGGUGGAAUGGUGACGGUUAUUCAACGUGUUCAUUGAAAUACGUAGAGAACAGUUUGUUUUUUCAUUUAAUAGUCCUCAGCGAUAUGACAAGGGGUUUAUGAGUUCCAAUAGAAUUAUAACUUAGUUACAACUGUCUCUAUAAACGUCACCAUUGCCCUAAUCUAGACGUACCUAGUCAAUGUCUUUGAAAUGACUUGAAAAUGUAAAAAAAAUAUUAAGGAACCAAUUUCUAGGUGCUCUUAUUUCUUUUUAAUUUGAUAAUAAAUCAUCUUGGUUAACCGGCCUCAUUGUUGACCGAUAUAUUGAAGAGAAAUUGUCUGUUUAUUUCAUACAUUGUACCAUAUAAAUGUCGGCUUCACUUAUUUAUAAGUAUUUUUUUUUAUUAUUGAUAAAGAACUACAAUAUGCCGUGUGUGCGAGGCAGAUUUUCCCACCAUUUCGACUAAGUCCAUUGACGGACAGUUUUUUUAAUGUUUUUUUGUAUACUUUCGAAAGAUCUCACUAACUGCCGUCAUAAAUGUAAAAAUUUUGUUAGGCUUGGUGUGACUACUGUGACCUUUGCUGAUACACAUUUUACAUAGACCCUCUAAUUCAAGUUAUACUUAAAACAUAGUCAUAAAUCCUUCAAUAGCUUCAAUAAUUCUUCCUUCAAUACAAAAUGCAUGCUCCAUACAAAUGUGUAUCAAAAAUAUCACAGUAGACACUUUGUUAGUAGAAAAAAAACUUCCAAAAAACAAGUUUGAUACUUGACACAAUUUUAUGAAAGGAACUGAAGGCCUAGUAACCUUAAAUUUUGACCCUCGGCUAGUCCGUUACCUGAACUAAGAUUAAAAUGUAAUACAUAAUAUUAAUUGUUAUAUGUACCUAGUAAUACAUACACUAUUAUAUUUAUUUCCAAUACAUUGCACCGUCUCUAUCGUGUCGUUAACGAAUGUUAUUAAUUUGACUGUUGUGUGAGAGAAAUGGAAUACAAACAUUAAUUUGAUGGUUAAAGCUAGGGUGGUCACUUGUGAAAAGUACAAAUGGUUGCAAAUACUAGGUCUUCUAAGAGAAUGGUUCUCUACGCUGUGUGCGAGGGAGACAACACGAGUUUUCGUGCGUUCGUAUGAUUUAAGACCUUUUCAGUGCACACAAAAAUGUAUAUCUGUGAUUUGUGUAAAUUGAUUUAUUAUUAUUAGCAAUUAAUAAAUGUACAGAUUUCAUUAUAAUAGCGAUUUCAUUAAAAUAAAUUGAAGGAUAAAAUAGCCUGUAAUAUUUUCAAUGUUUUAGCAUUAUUUAUAUGUGUUUGUUGGCAUUGGAAAGGUUGUAAAGCCUGGAAUAUUCGAACUGAUUUGCUGAUAUGCAAUGUGUUUUUUGUGUUUUUGCAAUUGAAGUAUGUUAAACUAAUAACAACCAAUGUUUGGACUACGAAUGGAGAGGUUUAUCUUCUGGAUUCAUAUGAAGUUGUUUGAAAAGAAGAUACAAGUGCUGUUUCACAUGUUUGACAAACUUACGCAAUGAUUUCUGUACAAGAAGUAGUAACAAUGCAAGUUCGUUGACCUAACAACUCUAUGAAUCCUAGAAAGUAAAAUCUCCAUUCCUAGCAUCAGUUGCAGACGAUAUCUGUGUCUUAAAAAGUUGGAUGAAAAGCCGAUUUUUUUUAUUUAAUUGUAAAUAUUAUUGUUACGAUACAUUAGUGGUUAAUCGAGAUCUGUUUUUAAAUAAGUAGGUUGUCUUACAACCUAGCGCCUUUAAAAAGUUUUAUCAAUUUGACAAAAGCAUAUUGAGCGUUGUCUAUGGCUGGUCCAUUUGCAAUGGAGAGAAAUGAAUAAUGUCUAAACCAGGUGUUUACUUCGUUCUGUUAUUUUAUUAGCUUUCACGAAUUUUAUUUAGUUUUAAUUUUGCUGCUACCUACCCAUCACAUGUUAUUCAAAAGUUUUUAUAUCUGAAUUAGUGACUGAACUGACUAUACUUAGGGUGGAUUCAGCCUUCUCGGUGUAAAACAAUACCAGGCAUAGAGCUAAGUUUGAAAUAAAAGAAUGAAAUAACACCAUUUCUCGUUUAGGUUUCUAUGACGUUUAGGAGAGUUCACGGUUAUUGUGAUAUAGGGCUUCGUAGGUGGAUGGCGGCUCGAGCACUUUGCACGGAGUCUGAGACACGGAUACCCAAGUGUAGUGCAAUAUGUUUGGGCCGGAGUGCAGUUGUUGUGACGGGUUUAUCGCAAAUGCCAGUAAUUCGAUGCGGAGAGUGAUUUGCAGGCGAAUCGAGUGUAUCGAGUGGACAUGUGUUGCCUAGCCUAGGUUUUAUACUUCCCCUAGUGUAUGACGGAUGUUUCAUUGCGAUGGCGCGCGAUUGGGAAUGUGUACACGUGGUACAUGCCGUGAGUGACAAGUAACAUGUCUCGCUGCUCUGGCCUACUACGGUUUGGAAGUAAUGCGAAUGUGAGGCGAAGUGAUGGAUGGCAUUUUGGACAAACUCGCUGAAGUGUAAUGUAGUACGUAAGCAAUGGUUAUUGUAGUUAGGUUAGAUCGUGUCUAGAUAGGUUUAAAUAACGUCAUAGAAACGAACAGAGCUGCUUAAGUUCGAAAUGACAAAAAAUAUUUUCUUUUUUUGAUUCUUUUAGGCAUUACGAUUUUAAUUUCUUUAUACGGCUAAGACGGAGUCACACGAAGCUUCCAGUUUAAAAACGUUUUUAUUAAGUGUCAUGAAUUUGUUUUUUUUUUUCAUUAAUUAGUUUGUAAUUUUUUAAUUGUAUCGCUUCAGAUUUCUAGUUAUCUGUUAAGUAUAUGUAUUUGGCUCAGUAAUAUUUUUUUUUAAUCUAAAAUUUCUAUGCGUCAUUUUAACUUCCGAUUUGUAAAUAAGGAUGGUGAAAUUCUAAAUUACUGUUUUUUUAUAUAAUAUUUUUGUGCUAAAUUUUAUAUAAGCAGCGAAUUACAAUCUAUUUGGCGUCCGGAGGUUAAUAUACGCGUAUAUAUCAUCAAGUACAAAUUUAGGAGUUGUUAGUUUCUUUCGUCUCAGAUAGACGGAGCGGACUAAGUCAUUAACUUAUUCUCCAAUAAAAAUAUAAUAUUUUUUAAUGAAAAUAUUUGGAUAAACAGCCACCUCUAGUAUUAAAAUUACCCCCAUUCCAGGAAAGUGGUAGACGUUCGAAUUUUGUUUUUAUUGUAUUCGCACGAAAGUUCGUUAUCGGUUAACCGCUCGACCUCCCCUCUCCCCUCAUCAAAGGUUUAGCUUUAAAGAUUGUUGUUUGCCUUAUAAAAAAAUGUGAUCUUAUGAGGAUUAUACUUAAAGGGUGUCGCUGUAUGUUGCGGUCGUAGGCGACAACGUUUGAUGACAAGCAAUAGCCUCCAAAGGCUCAAAACUCACGUAUUUUAAAUCUUCAUAACCAAUAAUUUUGGAUGACCGGAUCGAAGGUCCCUGGCACCCUGACAUGCCUAUUUCUUGCCGUCACUAUUGCACACUUCUACAGGACUGUUUUCCUGAUUUCUUACUUUAUUUUCUUCUUUUUUUUUUAUGCGGCUUCCUAAAAAGUGAAUGCGUUUAUUGUUUUUUCUUGAAGUCAGAAUAUGAUGACGUUUUAUUUUAUAAUUCUGUUACAUUUCGUGUAAUGUCCUUUUUCUACUUAAUGCUAUUCUAUUUAGACAGCAUAUAAUUGUGCAUACUUAAUCCUAUGGAGAGAAAAUCCUUUAUUUUAAUGUCUAUCUGUACCAUUUUUCAACCGACUUCAUAAAAAAGGAGGAGAUUCUCAAUUCGACUGUAUUUUUUUUUCUUAUUUACUAGCGUUGUCACCGGCAGUAACACAAGUCACACAAACAAUAACUAUUAUUCAGUUUUCGUUAUAAUUUCAAACGCGCCUACGUCCGCAACAAGUAUGAAAGAAUAAUGCCUUGUUUGUAUAAUGAAUAUGGUAACAUAUAAAAAGAAUAAUGAAUUAUCUAAUAUAAUAAGACUUUGACAAUGUUCGAUAGGCUCAGUAAAGAUGACUGUCAAUUGGAUACACUGGCGAAAAGGGCUUUAUUGGUUCGUUGGUCCAAUCAUUCAUGUUGCGACUAAAUUCAGUUAUAUAUACACAGUACCUAUAUCUCUGUCAAUAUCUUUACUUUUAUAUGUCAAUUUGACAGUAUAAUUUUGCUAUUUUACAGAUGAAUAUGUACAUUGUUUUUGUCACAAUGUAUUGUUGAGAUUUUAAGGAUUUUACACUCUCGAAGCACUUUUCUGCGUUAGUCGCAACACGAAUGAUACGAAUAUGGCUAGUCAGCGACAUGCUCUUGGAAGAUACGAACACGACUGUCACGGAUGUGUAGUAUUUCUUGUAUAUUGUUAAUCAAUUGUAAGGAACUAUGACCGAUACGUCGUUCUGUUAAUUGCAAAUGCGACAAGUCGUAGCGAGGACAGGGGGCUUUUGCGAUCGAUUUUCCUUAACACUGGUAAAGCCCUCUCCGCAUAUAAUGAAACUAAAAGAAUAUAAUUUUUUUAUAAAUCUUAAGAAAAAUUCUUAGUUUCACAGUAAAGUAAUACACUGUAAAUUAUUUCUUAUCUUAGUAAAAAGAUCUCAUCACCUUAUUUUUUUUGUUUUGUCUUUUUAUAAUUAUUUUGAGAAGCAGAUUAGUUGAUUUAAAGACAAUCAAUGUAAAAUAAAACUUAUGGAUGUAUAUAA